AUGACGGCGAAUGUUCACAGCAUUCGAAGUACUGAGCUUAGCGAAACGCCCCACUUUGACGCAUUUUUCGCUCCAUACGACAAGGGCAAUAGUACUAUUGGCACGGAACAUGUUGGUACCAUGCUUCUUGACAUGGGCUUUAUUGCAUCUCCAAAAGUCUUAGAAUGCGCUUUGGACGAUAUGGAUCCACAUGUGACAGGUGAAAUUGCCAAAUAUGCAUUUCUGGGGUGGAUUGACGAGCACGCAGACGAAAUUGACGAUACAUUUCGACAAUCUCCUCGUCACCAGCGACAGGAUGACGGUUUUUUGGAAGCACAUAGUGCAAUGCUGGACGCAAAGAAGCAGCGAAAGCAGGCUGAAAUUGAUGCUCAAUUACUUGCAAAUCGACUCGCUCAUUUACGAGCAGAAGACGCUCGUGCACAAAAACGGAUCGAAGAUGCUAUUCGAAGAGCUGGAGAAAUUGAAGCCAUGAAGAAGCGUAAUGAUGCCAAGCAUCGUGUUAAGCAAGCAGCGAACGACCAGCUGCAACGCGAUAUCGAAUCUCAACGCCAAUGUAACCAGGCAUUGCAAUCGUUGUCAAGGGAACGUCGCAAUAAGAUUAUUGCAAAGUACGCAUCGCAACGUGCUCAGGUCGUAAAGGAAACCCGUGCAGAGAAGAAAAUAUACUUGAAUCAUAUGGAACGACAGAGAGAAAUGGAUCGAUCCUGGCUAGUAGAGCGCUCGCAAGAAAUUCGAAACAAGGAAAAACAAGCCAUUCGUCAGCGUCAUAUCGUGCAAAGAGGGUAUGAGAAGGAACUGGUGAAGAAAGCGCAUGACAACUUGAAAGAGGAGAACAAGAGACGGUUGGUGUCUGAAAAAAGGAUUGAACGAUUGGAGUCGGAAGAGGCAGAACUGAUUGUGCAACUGCGUCUGACGCAGGAGUUUCAACGCGCUGCUUUUGAAGAGCUAGAAUUUGUCGCUCACGAGACUUAA